AUGUUAGAAAGAAUUCUCCAAGAAACAACAGAGCCUCCUAUCUCAUGCACAGAUAAUCUAGUCACUAGCAAACCAGAUGAAGUGGUUGUGUCUGGUACUCCAACAGAAACUGAUAAAGACAAGGGCACUGAAGAUAGUUAUGAGAAAGAGGAUGUACAUCUCUUCUUAGUGAAGAAAGAAACUAUCAAGACUUGGGAUUUGUGUAGUUUGAGAGGCAUGGAACUUCUCUGUGUAUCACCUCACAAAGUAUUGAUUACUUUUGACACUAUAAAAAGUACUUAUAAGAAGAGGACUUACAUAUUUGAAUCUUCAGAUUAUCAGGAUUUUUCUUCAGUUUUGUCUCCAAUUUUAGAGAAGAAUACACUUGAAAAGGUGUUAGAUUCUGCCAUGACCUGCCUUAAAUGCAAUACUCAGUUUUCCCGGGAACUAGCUAAACAGCAUGAUGACUCCAAUCUGCUCAAAUGCCCAAACUGUGGUGGUGGAGUUGUUGUACGUGUUGACAGAGUAGACCAUCCUGCUGUUGCUGUGGCAAGUUUUGAUGAAAAUGCCCCUCGAAGCAGCACUCCUCUGUCACAGGCUUUGACUCAGGCGCCGUGUCUUCCAUCGUCAGAUAUUCCAACAUGCCCAGGUGAAUCUAGUGAAAGUGUUAGCGUUUGCAGUGAAGCAUCUUCCUGUGUGCGUCGUGAGUCAGAUGUAGAGGUCAUUUCAAAUCCGUCCAUUUCUAGUAUAGAAAUCCUCAAUGAUCAACAGCUCAUUCAUGAUGUUAUUCCAGAAGAGAAAUUGAUGACAGAAGCCUCCACCUUCUGCAGCAGUCAAUAG